AUCAGAUACACAGAUCGUUCCAGUGCUGGAGGUGAUCGGACACAACUACGGAUGUGUCGGGGGAAAGGCAUUGCUUGCUCUUCUUAACAUUCUCAUCAGGUCUUAUUUUGGUUCUGUCUCAGUGGACUCUGUUCUGUCAGUCCUGCCUGUGGAGCAAAAGAGGUCUUGGAAUGAGAAUGCUCGCACUACAUGUUCAGUCUGUCUAACCAACACGUGACGACAAUACGCACAAUGGCCCACCACCACGACCUCAACGCUGGUUGCUGACCCAAAGGAUGCUGGGAAAUACCAAGCGCUUUUUUGGCAGCAUGGAGGACAAAGACGGUGAGGAUGAGGAGGAUGAAGAGGAGAGGUUGAGGAGAGGAAAACAAAAUGGGCUGAUAGAUUUGGGAGCCAAAGAACAUCAGAACCGAGGUGGACGCAAGACAGAUGGGUCCAAGCCAGCGGCUGUCGUGAUUGGCUGGCAACGAGGAGAGAGGCAACCGAGGGCGGUCAAUUCUGCCCAAAGAGGAAUUCCUCAUUUGCCCAGUCAGCCGACUCUGUUUUAUCAGACGACCAAUCAGCCGAUGUAUCAUCCAGUCUUGACCAAUCAGCAGUCCCGGAGGCGUAUGAUGGAGCGGAGUAUGACCGCGGUCACGCCUGUAGAAGACUCGCAUCUCGCCGUGAUUGUGUUCCGAAUUGGCAUACCUGAUAUCAAACAAACGAAGUGUUUGCGCUUUGAUCCGGAUUCCACCGUUUGGAGUGCAAAGCAACAGAUUAUUUGUUCUCUCAGCGAGACGUUGUGGGACGUCUACAAUUAUGGCCUUUUCCAGCCAGCUGGAGAAGGAAGAGAUGCCAAGUUUCUGGAGGAAGAGCGUUUGCUGGGAGAAUUCUCACAGUCCCUGGAGAAGGGUGUGCCCUACCUGGAGUUCAGAUAUAAGACACGAGUCUACAAACAGACAAACCUAGAUGAGAAACAGCUGGCCAGACUCCACACCAAGGCCAAUCUGAAGAAGUUUGUGGACUAUGUUCAGACUGGAGCAGUGGAGAAGCUGGGUAAAGCUCUGGAGAAAGGACUGGAUCCGAACUACCAUGACACUGAGAGCGGAGAGUCUCCGUUAACCCUGGCGGUUCAGGGGACUCUGAGCAUUGAGGGGAUUCAUGUUCUUGUGCUAAACGGAGCUCAUAUGGAUUUCCGGUCUAGAGACGGACUCACACCCCUGCAUAAAGCAGUCAGAGCGCACAACCAAUCUGCACUUCUGGUGCUGCUGUCUAUGGGAGCGUCUCCAGAUUACAGAGAUCGCUGUGGUCUAACGCCGCUAUACCACUCGGUGCUGACAGGGGGCGACACCUCCUGUUGUGAAACACUGCUGUACUAUAGAGCACGACUGGGGGUCAGAGAUGAAAACGGUUGGGACGAGUCGCACCAGGCGUGCCAGCACGGUUUUGCCCAGCACUUAGAGCACCUCCUGUUCUAUGGAGCAGACACCACAUCCCAGGAUGCAUCAGGGAACACUGCCCUCCACAUAUGUGCUGUUUACAACAAGGAGAGCUGCAUGCGGGUUCUUCUUUACCGAGGAGCCAAAAAGGAGAUAAAGAACAAACAUGGUCAAACCCCUUUUCAGGUUGCUGUGAUGUCUGGCAAUUUUGAGCUUGGAGAAAUCAUCAAAAAUCACAACGACAUGGAUGUUGUUCCUUUUUUAGAAACCCCUAAAUAUUCUCCUCACUUCAUGGAUGGUGUCCCGAAUCAAGCCAUCACGGCCGGCCUUCAGCAUCCCCACCCGCUGAUGCGUGCCAAGAGCGAGAACAUCGUGACAACAACCUCAGCGGACCCCGUGCUUCAGCCCACCCUCGCUUCCAAUGUGCCACCUUCACAGACUCAACGCCGGGCCUCAUUCGCUCUGAGGAGUUCUAGCAGUCCACGUGGAGCUCGCACCCGCUCUCCGUCACGCGGGAGAGAGGGAGGAGAAGUUGAGGAGAAGCCGCAGAAACAGCGAGGAAGGCAGGGAGUGGUCGGAGGUCAGAGGAAGAGGCUGUACAGUGCUGUUCCAGGUCGCGUGUUUGUGGCGACACGUUCCCACUCAGCUCACGGCGAACGCGAGAUCAACCUCAGCAAAGGAGACAAGGUCAAAGUUCUCAGUGUGGGUGAAGGAGGAUUCUGGGAAGGGACAGCGAAGGGUCGAACCGGCUGGUUUCCGGCUGACUGUGUAGAAGAGGUGUUGCCACAGAAUCAAGAACAGCCAACAGAGAGCCGCAGCGAGAAAGCGAAGAGGAAGCUGUUUCGUCAUUACACUGUAGGAACGUACGAAGGUCUCGAGGUGCCCAGUGAUUACAUCAUCAAGGAGAAGACUGUACUUCUGCAGAAAAAAGACAAUGAAGGCUUUGGUUUUGUUCUCCGAGGAGCCAAAGCCCAGACUCCAGUGGAGGAGUUCAGCCCGACUCCAGCAUUUCCUGCCCUGCAGUACCUGGAGUCUGUGGAUGAAGGGGGAGUCGCGUGGAGGUCCGGUCUGCGGAUGGGGGACUUUCUGAUAGAGGUGAAUGGAAUGAAUGUGGUUAAGGUGGGACACAGGCAGGUGGUGAACAUGAUCCGUCAAGGCGGCAACAGCCUGAUGGUGAAGGUCGUCAUGGUUGCGCGGAAUCCUGAGAUGGAGGAAAUGCCUAAAAAGAAAGUUCCUCAGCAAAGUAGGCGACUGACGCCCCCAGCUAUCGCGCUUCGCUCCAAAUCCAUGACUUCAGAACUGGAGGAGAUGGAUCACACAGAGAGCUCUCAAGCACCAGAGAAGAAGAGGAGUGUCUAUCAAAUGGCUCUUAAUAAGCUGGACGAGAUUCUGGCUGCUGCUCAGCAGACAAUUAGCACGUCUGACACUCAGGGUCACAGAGGUCACGGGGGCAAGAAGGAACGAAACAAGGGCUUUAAUACUAAUGAGCAAACGUUUGAACAAUCAGGUGUUGGCAUGAUGUCAUCAGGGUCUGGGUAUGGUUAUAACCAAGCCCAGUUUUCAUCAGGCCAUUCAACUCAGCGUGCUGUGAUGAUGCGUCAGAAAUCUAUGGGAGUGACCGAGGAGGAGAGGGUACAACUUCAUCCUCCUACUAUGAAGUUGUCCCGCAGUCUUUCUGUGCCUGGGCCGGAGGACAUCCCCCCUCCGCCCGACACCUCAGCGCCUGAGCCACCGCUUUCCGCCGGUGGCCACACAGACCGGAGAUCUGCCCUAGCACAUUUCUAUGCUGUCCCUCCACUUCCUCCAUCACACCAUCUGCCUCACAGCCAGACACAGCACCGGGUUCCACCCAACCGGAGGGGGGAUACAGAUCCCAACAAGAUGAGUGGAGCAAGAAUGGGCGGCCUGAGGCGUGGAUAUAGCAACGCCACACCCCCCUCUGACAUGAGCAGCAAGCCAUCCACCGCACAGCGUAACCAAGUGCCGGCGGUGGCCAAAGUCGCAAGUCGGCAGGGUGGGAAGGGGCUGUUGGUGAAGCAGCGUAAGGUGGAGGAAACGACUGGCAAAGUGGAGAAAUGUUCUAUUUCAAUCCCGACUAUUAUUGUUAAAGCACCGUCUACCAGCAGCUCUGGACAUAGCAGCCGUGCGAGCAGCGAGGACCCCGAGCCACCUCCUGAGCCUUAUGAGGAGCAGAUGGAGGGAAAGCCUCAAAACGCUGUCCUGACUCCCACUCCUCCCCCACCACCCAGUUUGCCACUGAAACUGGAAUCACUGGGCAGGAGCACAGCACAGCGAGAACGUGAGCGCUAUCGCGAUUCCCGUCGGAGAAGCGCCUCCUUCUACUAUUCCUCUGAGGAGGACGUGUUGGACGAGCAGGAAUCUACCCAGACUUCCGUGGAGCCCAGGUCCUCCGCUCCACGUCUACGUCCUUCCAAAUCUAUCGACGAAGGCUUGAUCUCUGGUGACGCCUUAAGCAUGCCGCCCGCGUUUGGGUUGCCGCAGUACGCAUCAGCUACACCUCAUCAGGCCACUACCUUUAUCCACCCUUUGACAGGGAAGGUUCUUGACCCAACGAGCCCACUGGGACUCGCGUUGGCGGCACGCGAACGAGCGCUUAAAGACGACCGCCGCACGCGUAGAGAUGAUCGCCACUUCGGUCGGCAGCUGUCCAGCACCGGAGCAUUUCCUUCUGCCGUCUCGCCUCCCAAUCAGAAACCAGUGCCUCCUUACUACAUCUACCAGUCACACGCCUCACUCAACACGUCUGCAACAACAGGUGGGCCGAUGUCCCAGAGACGUCCACCGUCUCCGAGGAUGCUGAGAUUAAGUGGUGGUGGCAUGGAUAGCGGGGAAUGGAAUGAGCAGGGUGUUAUGGAUAGAGAGGAGAAAGGAGCAUCCAAGGUGCGGUUUACAGAAAAUCAAGCCGGUCAGUAUCAGAUUAAUAUUCAGGACAACAGAACCAAUCAGUACCACACGUACCUGCGAGACAGAGAGAGGGAGGGGCACAAGAGGAUACCGCCCAAGCCUCCACCCCGAAGGCCAUCUUUUUUAGAUAAGGAGAACGAACCCGGCACAGCAGACAAAAUUCCCAACACUCAAGAGGUAGAGAGAAGAGACGACAGGGGUGGACAGAAUAUGGCAGAUGGUGGGAUGGAGAGGGAAGGAGAAAAGGAGGCAAAGAGAGGGAGGAAUCGUGAGGCUGGAGAAGCUGGAGAUGUGAUGGUUCUUCCACCUCCCGCUCCAUCUAUGGAUGUAGACGACGAGUUUGUCUUCGCAGAGCCCUUACCUCCCCCUAUCCAGUUUGCAAACGGAAUCGAAAUGGACAGACGUGGAUAUAAUCAACAACAGAAGGAGCUGUCAGGAUCUUAUUCGCUCCCGGAGCAAACGCUUUCCAAACUCCCGCAAGAUACCAUGUCCCUACCAGACAACCCUCAUGUUGACUCACAGCAGACACCGGCACAUCCGUCUGCUGUUGUUCAUCCCUUUCUGUUUCCGCCGUCUCCUCUAAUCCCACCCCCACAGCUCUGUCCCAAAAUACAACCCCCAAACGCACCCCAGGCCCCGGGCUAUUCCCAGCAUCCGUCGCAUCCGAACACCAACCAACCUCAACCUUUACAUUCACCCCAGGCGGGAGACUCAGCCACGUCUAGUCUUACAUCAUACGACAGCGAGGUGGCUAAUCUCACACAGUCGGCUUUAUCUCCGUCACUUCCCUCACCUCAAAUAUUCCCUUCCUCCAGUUCUCCUUCUGUCCCAACCUCAUCAUCUGAACCCACGUCGCUGCAUCGGCCUCUACCCCUUUUCUACCCACCGCAAGGCCACGGUAACGUUUCUCAUUCGUAUCCUGCAGCGACUGUCACCACGACAAUGAAUUCUGUAAUCACAGGUGAUCGACGUCCCGUGGCGGUCAAGAGCCGCGAUUGGACGGAACCCGUGGUGGAUUCUGGAAUUGAAGAACUGGACAGUCACAGCAGCAGCGAUCACCACGUGGAAAACCUGGCAGAGAGAAGAGAGAAAGAAGGGGCUCGACAGCAAGAACAUGGAGCGGGUCAGAGGAGAGAAAGUAUGGAGAGCGGUAUCGAUGGGUUUAAAGAAGACACAAGAGUAUCGCUGGAUCUGUCUCACACUGAGAAAGUCACCCAAAAGAAGAACAUGUACAAGACCAAACCUCCGAACCCUCCGCUUGCCAAACCGCAAAUGCACAACGUGUCGAAAUUUCAUGCGGAGAACGGUCGAAGUGGACCUAUGCUACAACGGCAGGCCAGCACCGCUCCCAACAUGUACAGGUCAAGAGAGGUGGAGGAACAUGAACAAGCAAGAGGAAGUGAGGGUGCGGGCAAGAUUCCAGCGUUUAUGGACCGCCAUCUGAACUCACCUCUCUCUAGCGUAAAGGCCAGCAUCAUUAAUGAGCUGAGCAGUAAACUACAACAGCUAGGAGGCUGGCAAAAUCAAGCGCCACAACAAAAUCACAGGUUGUCAGGUGAUCCCACAGCCUGCGCACCUCUCCUCCCUCCCUCUGCACAAUCACUCCAGCGUCCAUUCUCUCCAAACUCUUUAACAACGAACUGCCCCGCUGCAGGUCUAAACACCAACCCUGUACCCUCAUCUCCUCUUCCUCUGACCUCUCUAACCCCAGCCAUAACUCCCAUCCCACUACCUCUGGCCCCGAUACCACCCGCACCUCCUCUCAAAGAUUGGACGCCGUCUAACUCUCCGAUCUCUUUCCCUCACGGUGUUCUCUCCCCUCCGUCAUUACCCCAUGCCCCCCUCUCUCCCCUCUCCCUCGCUCAUGCGCCCCUGUCUCCACCAUCGCUACCUCAUCCACCCAUUUCUCCGAUAUCCCUCUCUCAUCCACCUCUCUCUCCCUCCGCUAUCUCCCACUCUCCUCUUUCUCCAUCUUACUCCCCCUAUCCUUUAUCUCCAAAACAUCGCUCCAAAUAUCGCGCUAAAGAGUUUCAGUUCUUCGGGCCGGAGCUGCGGCGUACCGAAUCUCACUCGUACUCCCAGCGCCGGCGAGCACCCAGUCCUCUCAUCUCCUGCUCGGACCACCCUCAACCCGGACCUCCCCGACCGUCCUCGCUCCCUCUUUUUCCAUCCGCACCACUUUACAGCUCCGCAUACGAAAUGCAGCCUCCUCUAACGCCCCCGCUGGGUGUAGCACAUCACUUCUCUGAGCACUUUUUCCCCCAAAUCGCUGCUCUCUUCCCACUCCCCUCCCCCGUGGCUCCUCAGAACGUGCUGGUGUCCAGCUCUCUCUCCCCCACCCACUUCCUGUCCGGAGGCUCCUCCCCUUCCUGUAUGAGCUACCCGCCCUUAACUCCGCCUCCACCCAAUCUGCCCUUCGUGUCCAAGCCUCUCCCCUACUGGAGCAAAUACGACGUUGCCGAUUGGCUGACAUACCUGAAUCUGUCCGAGCACCGGGAGCGUUUUCUCGACAACGAGAUCGACGGCUCCCAUUUGCCAUCUCUGACGAAAGAAGACUUCCUGGAUUUGGGCGUGAGUCGGGUCGGCCACCGUAUGAACAUUGAGCGUGCGCUUAAGAGACUUACAGACAGAUGAGAUAGGAGAGUUUAAGCGAAGCUCAGAAAGCGACAUGUGGAUGAGUGUAGUGAGGAGAAGAGUGUUUGUUUGAUUUUUUUACUGUCCACAUAAAAUGCUUCCUAACAUUUAGCUGUGCAUGGAUAAUUCUGCCUGCAGCUAAACUCCACAAUAAAUGAGUAUUCUGCCCUCUGUUUUCGUACGCUUAAGAUGAAGUUUAGUAAAUGAUGGAAGAUUUAAUCUGAUCUCUGUUAGGUUCUAGUGAUCACAAAACUAGUUUUCGUUUCUUUUGACAUUUGUACAUACAGGGUAAGUUGCACCACAGGAUUUUGUCAUUAUCACAUCAUUUAUUGUGAUUUCUGUGGCCAAAAGGCUUGAUUUUGCAGCAAGUUUAUUCAAAUUUUGCGGUAACAAUUGUGGGGGGGGGAUGGGUGGAUGUGGAGUUAAAAAUACUACUGGAAUGGGGGAGCAGAGUUCUUCUUUAAAACUACCACCUGUGAAAACAUUAUUUAUUAAUUUCCUAUAGUUAAAAGGCAUGCAGCAGAUUCACACUGACGUUCUGGAAACCUUGGCCACUUUAAUGCUGCCUUCACGUGCUCUCGGAAAUUUGAUAAUUCCCACUUCUGAUGUCAUGAUUCCGAGCUGGUUGUGUUCAGGUGCUUUGUUGUCAAAAAGAAUGGAGGACGCCAAAUUCAUGCUUGCGUGUAUCUUGGGAAAAUGUUAUAUGGUAAUAGUUUUCAACCGUACAUCCUACUGUAUAGUUUUACUAGUCAGCUUGUGGACUAUUCUGCAGUAUUGGUGAAAUAGCCUACAUGCUAUUUUCACAGUGCAUAAAACAUUCAGUAUGAGUCAUAUAUGUAAAUAUGUACUAAUUUAACGACAAGGCUAUGAAGCUGUUGCGGAAAAACAAAGAAAUCAUAUCUGUCACUCACAACAGAAAUCAUUCUCCCAUCCGCCAUGUUUAUUGUGUAAGGCCCGCCCAUCUCGGGAACUCGGGCAUCAAAAUUAUUUCCCAACUUCCCAGUGGAAAACGCAACAUCAGAGGGCGUUCAUUUGCAUUUUUACCCCGGAAACUCAUGUUUUCGAUAAUUCCGAGAGCACGUGAAGGCAGCAUACCUCAGGUCAAGCAACCAAUCACGUUUCCUUUUAUGCCGCUUCAUGUUUAUGGUUGUGGAAAUGUCCCUGUGAUACCAGACCGGUGUGCGUAUACAAACGUUUCAAAAGUUUACAACAACGUUUAUGAGUUUGUGCCAUGAACCUCGCAUACUUUUAAGAAAUCAAACAUGACAGCUUUCUUCAUAGAUCAGAUGGCUUAGUGUUGUUUCCAGGCGUCUUGUUUAAGAACGUGGCACACAUGUCGGUGAGGAUGUCUGAUUGACGUUGGGAGCAGGUUUUGACAGAUUGCGCGAUGCGAUGAUGCCGUGUCUUUGGCCAAAUUAUGCGGAAAAUCUGCUUCAAUCUUUAAAUUUUUCUAGAUUUAAGUUCCUUCUUGGUGCAACCUACCCAUAGUUAUAAACAUGUUUUGUUUUAUAGAGUAAUAUAGAUAUUUCUUUUAAAUAUUUCAUUUAAAACAUGCACAAAAUCAUCCAUUUUGUCCAUUACACAUCAUUUGUUGUGUGCAGCAUGGCAUUUAUAUUUCUGCUAACACAAUGGAGCCCUAUAAUUACACACAUAGCACUUACGCAACUUACUUUUCACGCGGCGAAUUCUUCAUCUCAGUCUAUAGAUGAUAGAGUUUAUCCAGCACUUUUCUUUCUUACCUCACGCUCUGCCUCCUUUUUCCCCCCGUGCAUCUCUCCAGGCUUUCCUCUGCUUUCUCUGUCUCCACUGUUUCCUCUGAAGGGCAGAAUGAACGUAUGAAAGAUGAAGCCACUCAGAGCUAGAGGAGAGAUAGGAUGAGGUUAGACAGAACUGCUAAGACGUCCACUGAUGGACGGAUACGGACUGGGUGUGGAAGAGACAGAAACUCUCUGGAAUACAGAGUUAAAGUUACGUCCUCGCUUCUAGAGCACUUUUAACGAAUUAUGGUCCUCCCACUUUGAAGCUGAAAGGUCAAACGUCUCCAGACGGACAGUGAGAAUGUACUUCUUUCAUUGUUUUGGGGAUGACUAGAUCAAGCGUAUGAUGAAUUUUAAUAAUGUCAUUAUUAUAUUAAUGAAAAUCAGGCUACACUCUUAAAAAAAGGUGCUUCAAAAGGUGCUUCAAUGCCAUAGGAGAACCUUUUAGUUCCAUAAAGAACCUUAAACCUUUCUGUUUUGCAAAAGGUUCUUUGUGGCAAAAAAAGGUUCUUCAGCUUUUAAAAAGGUAAGAAAGAGAUGGUUCUUUAAAGAACCUUUGAGCAAAUGGUUAGGUUCUUCUAUGGCAUCCCUGCGAAAAAACUUUUAAGCCUUUUAAGAGUGUACUGUGCAUAUUUACAUAGCAUCAGGCUUUCAUCCAUCUGAUAAUAAUGAUGAUUAAAGUCAACAUUAAAUUUAAUUGACCAGUUUACCGUCAUAAUGCACAUUCUUGUUUUUUUCAAAGAAAACAAAAAAGUUAACUUUUCAGUAUUCAAACAGUUCCUAAUGGUUGGCUUUUAUUUAUUCUCAUAAAAUAAUCUGUCCUAUUUAAAAACACAGAUUCAGCCUACAGACCUAAAAUGGGUUGCAAGCAUCUCAUGUCGACUUUAAACAGUAAAACGAAAAAGUCAUCGCAAUUCCAAUAAUAUCCAUAUAAGAAUUAAGUAUGUAAAUGUUUUAAUACCAUAAGCAGAAUCAGUCUUCCAAAAAUCAAAACACAAUGAAAGAAUCCAUUGUUUAUAUAGCUUAAGUGCGCUCUGUUCAACACACAAACACACAUCGAGUGUGUGUAUGUGUGCUUGUGUGUUUGUUAUGCCAGUGGUGGGUGUUUUAUAGGAGUAAAGCAUAACUCCAUUUCAUUUGAAAAUAUAUUUAAGGAAGUAGGAACAAAGGAAAUAUACAGUACAGUAUAUAUAUGUGUGUGUGUGUGUGUGUGUGUGUGUGUAUGGAGAUGUAUGCAGAAUUUAAAGGUAUAUAUAUAUAUAUAAAUAUCAGAUAUUUCUAUUGUUCUGUACAAUAAUUGAUGAAUAUGAUGAUACAUAAGCUCUGCUUCAGAGGUUUGAAUAAAUUAUUCUCUUGUUGAA